AAUGCAUCAAAAAGUUUCCGAAACGUCAUUCCUGUCCGAACCUACGGUAUCUCUGUCGUUUAAGCAUCUAUUUAGCGACAAAAAAAGAAGGUUGACUAACCUGCAGUCCUCAUUACAUUUAACGACACUGAGAUUUCCCUCUCCUUUUCCUACUUCCAUAUUUUAUUAUACAUUCUUGAACUUCUUCCUUUGAAUAUUUCCCCGUUCUUCUUCUCUGUCUCAACAAUGGAGAAGAAUCAUCAACACCAUGAUCGUCACUAUCAUCCACCUUCUUCUCAACCAUCAGAGAUUCAAGUCAGAAUGAGCGGGUACAACGCAGUACACCCGUUUGAAAUAGACAGAACUGGUACGCACACGCCUGAUAAUCAAACAUAUUCAUUAUCUGGAGCUCACAGUGGUCCUCCUCCAGUUGUUUAUGAUCGGGAUAAGGAUUUCAAGAAAUGGGUAGCUUGGAUUAUACCUUGUUUUGUUAUUGCUAAUACAGUUAUGUUCGUUAUUACCAUGUUUGUUAAUAAUUGCCCCAAGAAUUCUGUUUCUUGUACUGCUCGGUUUCUUGGGAGAUUCUCCUUUCAGAGUUUUAAGGAGAAUCCUCUUCUUGGCCCUUCUUCUACCACGCUGCUGAAAGUAGGAGCUUUAUAUGUGAGUAAAGUAGUUGAUGAUCAUCAAGGAUGGCGUCUGCUUUCUUGCAAUUGGUUGCAUGCUGGAGUUUUUCAUUUGUUGGCUAAUAUGUUGAGUCUUUUAGUUAUUGGCGUCCGGCUUGAACGAGAAUUUGGUUUUGUUAAAAUCGGAUUGAUAUAUAUCAUCUCUGGAUUUGGUGGUAGUUUGAUGUCAGCUCUUUUCCUUCAAUCAAAUAUCUCUGUUGGUGCCUCUGGUGCAUUGUUUGGGUUACUUGGGGCCAUGCUGUCUGAACUCAUCACAAAUUGGUCAAUUUAUUCUAAUAAGGUAGCAGCUUUCACAACUCUCCUGGUCAUCGUUGUAAUAAAUUUAGCAAUUGGAAUUCUACCACAAGUUGACAACUUUGCCCAUAUUGGAGGAUUUUUUGCUGGUUUCUUGCUCGGGUUUGUGUUUUUAAUCCGCCCGCAGUUUGGAUGGGUUAGCCGAAGAUCUGUUCCUCCAGGAUAUGCUCCAGCAGUUGUUAAAUCCAAGUUCAAGAUGUAUCAGUGCAUUUUGUGGAUCAUUUCCCUUAUUUUAGUAAUUGCAGGGUUAACUCUUGGGCUGGUGUUGCUUCUCCGAGGUGUUGAUGCGAAUGACCAUUGUUCAUGGUGUCAUUAUUUGUCUUGCAUACCUACUUCGAGAUGGAGCUGCAAUACGGAGCCAGGGACCUGCUUGUCUACCCAGAUGGGCAGCCAGCUAAAUGUGACAUGCACAACCAAUGGAAAAACCAGCAUCUACAGAUUGUCAGAUGCAACCAAUUCUCAGAUUCAGGGAUUGUGCACAGAGCUCUGCCGUUGAUUUAUUCACAAGCUGAUGUGAGAUUUCCAUAUGACUAGUAAUUGUGUACAAAAUAUUUUUUUGUCAAAAUGAUAUUUUCUUGAUUUCUUGUGUAAUUGGUGUGUAUUUUCUGUUAAUUAUUAUUAGUUUAUAGUCAUCUAUGCAUGCACGGGUGAAGUUUUACAUAGACCGUCCAUUGUAUUUACGGACAAUGUGAUAGAUAAAGUUUUAUAUAAAAGUAUUCUAAUAACAGUA